AGAAAAUUACUAAUUUUGUUGUAAGAGACUUUGUGCCAAACAUCUCAAGAUAGAGACUGAGUCGACGACAGCACAAUCUGUAACAUCUUGGCCAGGCAACGUUUAGCACAGUAAUAACUUGCAUUUCUAAUAUAAAUUAUUGUUACGACAUGGGAAAUUGUGCAAUGAAUUUAUUUGAGAUAUUUUGAGUCGACAUAUCGAUCCUACCUAUCAUUGGGUCAAAUACUGUCUGAUGUGUUUCACACCGAUUAUUAGACCGUUCUUGACACACUGAUUGUGACUACAGUAACUCCGUUUAUAGGGCUCACGGCAGGUGUGACCGGUCGACAGGAGAAGCUUACUUCUGCUAGGUACCCGAUCCCACCUCUCAUGUGUCCAGGGGUCCGUGUUUGCCCAACUAUAUAUUUUGUAUUGCUUAUGGGAGCUACACGAUUGAUCACUGUUCGCUAUAGUCACUUUUCAUGAAUGAAAAUGAACAUUGUUAAUAGAUAAAAGGCCGUCGAUAUAUUAAAUGCUACAUCAAGAUUUUUUUUCUUAGAAGCAUUUGAACAAAUUCUGUUUCAUAUGAAUAGAAAAACAGGUCAUGAAACAUAGGAGAACAAUCUGUGCCCAUGAGAAUUCAAACAUACUGUUAGAAGACCUUAUUACCAAAGACUACAUAAAUAUUAUGAAUUGGGAAAUAUGUCAUCUUUUUUAUAUCAGCUUCAAAGUACUUGUGGGUAGAACAAGCCUAGUCUUUACCAAAACAAAAGUGAAGGUAACGAAAAGUCAUAAAUCCCAGAUAUCCAACGAAGAAUUCAAAAUUAACAGUAGGGCAAACACGAAUUCAUGGACCAGAGCAGAGAUCGGGGCGAAGAUUAAGUAUAUCCUAUUGACAUGUCACAUCCGCCGUUACAUGUAGCCCUAUAUCUUGCUCGGGUAAACGGAUGAACCCGUAGGUAAAUCUGUAUCUAACAAACGAUCUAACAGAUGGCAUUGUCUUUGAAAUAUUUUCCUAUAUGUACCGUUCCGUCUUUCAAAACUUGUUUGAUAGAUCAUUAUUCUAUUCAUAGGUAUGCUCUCAAGAAAUUGUAAAUAUUUUGAUUUUACUAUCUUUACAAUCGUGAAAGAAGAUUUUUCAAAGAAUAUCCAAAAUCUCGAAACACAGAUAAAACGACUUACAAAUUGUCCUCGGGGCUGGAACAAACAUGGCAGAUCAUGUUAUAAGUUAAACACACAAAAAUCAACAUGGAAAACUGCUGAUCAAUUCUGCCGACGUUUGUCAGGAAAACUAGCUGAAAUUGGCACAAAGGAUGAAAACGACUUUAUAAAAAAUCUCAUUAACAAUAACCCAGGAACAGCACGGGCCUGGAUAGGUGGGGAAGACACGGCAGAGGAAGGUACAUGGAUCUGGACUUUUUCAGAAAUACCGUUGAGCUUUAAGAACUGGAACAAGGGCGAACCCAAUGACAGAAAAGGAAAGGAAGGCUGUUUGGAAAUACUGGGAGUACUCAACGGACUCUGGAAUGACUUACCAUGCUCAAAUUCAUCAGUGUCUGUUUGUGAAAAAGACUUGUAUGAAUUGAAAGCUUUACUUCCUGGUCCAGAGUGGAGUCAUGGUUUGAAUUUAUAUAGGAAACAUCUUCAUGCAGGAAUUUUUAUCUGUACGCUUCAGGUAAUAACUCAUAAGCUUUUAAGAUCACUGCCUUGUAAUAAUCUGAACUCUCAGUUAUGGCCAGCGUCCAGUAAACAUCGGCUGCUUUGCCAGUCAAAACACUUAGUGACGAAGUGGACCAAGCAUAUCACGAUCAUUUCAGCACAGCUAAACUAAUUCAACGCAUUUUUUACGGUAUCGAGUACAUGAACAUUCGGCGAGUCAAGAAGAUAUGUGACGGAAAACAUGGUCAUUGCUGCUGUCUGUGAAAUUCAAUAAUUCAGAAAAAGUGAAAUACAAAUCUUGAAAAAUGCAAUAUAGUUUGUUUCUUAUCACCGACGACUCCAAAUUCUGUUAUGGGUCAGAACUAGCUCUUAAAGCAGCAGAAUUUAUAAACAAAGGCUAUCAAACAAUUAAUUAGAUUUAUUUACAAUUAAUGAUUGAAAGAAAAUUGUGAAAUACUUGCGGAAGUUGAACAAUAGACAUCAAAAUCCGUGUCGAAUUCAAUUUACACUCACAAAAUAGUUAGUUCCCACUUAUCGAAAUAAUCCAAAAAUGCCCAAAGUACUUGUCUAACCAGAGUUUUUCAUCAUAAAAAUUCACAGCGCAUUUAUACAAAGAAUGAAUUUUCUAAUACAAUCUUGAAAGAUAAUGAUGCAAUUAUUACGUCAACUUUCUAUUAAAGAAGUU